AAGAUUUUAUUUUAAACGAAAACAGUUACACAAUUACAGUUUCCUUUAGUUGUUCACCAAAAAAAUGACUUCACAUUUGUUUUACUUAGGUGAAUUGCCUUUUUUUUUUUAGACCGCCCAUUUUUAAUAUUUAUUACUGUUAGUUAUUAUUUUAACUUCCAAAUUUUUGCACGUAUUUUUGGAUAUUAUUAUUAUUUUUUUUUGUAAGCAAUAUUUACAUUAAGGUGUAUUUCAAGGCAUUAAUUUGUUGACGUUAAGAUAAAUAACCAAAUUUUUAAAAGGUAAAUUUAUUCUUCCAUUAAAAAAAAUAGUAAUGGUUCUGUCCUUUUUUCCUUGUCCUUAUUCUCAGCGUUAAAGCAUUUCUAAACGGUGAAUCUCACUGGAAGUAAAACUAAAACAUAUUUUAAUAACACUGCCCCCACCCAAAAAAAAACAACAAAAACAAAUACACCUUAUUGUGUAGAAGAAAAAAUAAGAUGAAAGUUUACAAAGUCUUCAAGGACUCCAGCACAAUGAAACAUUUUAUUUUCAGCAUUUGUAACUUGCCUGAUUGUGUCACCACUGCCAACCAGUGGUACGAAUAUCUGGACAGAUAUUUUAACAUGUGUCAAAGCUCUGGAAAAUCAAACUCUAUCGGAAAAUGGAAAUUUUACAGUUAAUUCAACGGCCAACGGAACUUCCAUGGAAGAACCAGCUGAUCAGCAAUUUUCCAUGAUGAAACUGUUUUCUAUAAUAUGUGGGUAGGUUGUACAAUAAGACUUUUGUAUAUGUCAUGUAGACCAAAGAAAUGUAUAAUUUAUGUUUUAUGUCUCCCCAACAAAGUAGUACUUUGAGCUCCGUUUGUGAGCAAAUAAAGAUUUAAAAAUCUAAAAACACUACUCUUAAGAAUUUUUAGGUAACUGAUUUGUAUAUGUGUGAAAGUAUUGGAAAACUUAUGUUUAUGAGAUUAUAAAAAAAAAAAAUUAAUCAGUUUUCGAUGACAUGGUUCAAAGUUUAGGCUAAUUUAAAUCAAGGAAAGGGGUGAUAAUCAGUUGUCAGGCUAGUAAUAUUAGUUACGAGCAAUGUUCCCUUUAAUCAGCUAUCUCAUAGAUGCCACGCAGCAGUUUUGAGUAUCUGCGCAGCAAUUUCCAUGCAAGUUUGUGAGCUGUUAAAUUGUGCACACAAAAAAAUUGAUGUUGUAAAACUUUGCACACAACUGUAUUAUUUUGCACACGAACCAACAAAUCUUAAAGGGAACAUUGGUUACGAGUAUUAGUUUUUUCUCUUGUUAACAGAGACAAGGAUGGCUUUGUCCAGUGCUUGGACACAAGCCUAAAACAAAGCAGUGAUUCUGUAACCCAAAUGGUUGGCUCUUUAUUUGACCCUAAGAUGGUCACUCUGGCAUACGCUGGACUUUGCUCAAACAUUUCAGGUACAUCUUGUCAAAAUUGUUUUUGGACUAAUAAAACUGAAUUUUUUACUAUGAAUGAAAUAUUUUCACUUACCAACUUUACAAAGAGACUUCAAGAUCAAGUAUGUUAACAAACUGAGCUAUUUUUUGUAACAGUAACAAUGCAAGUGAAAGAGUUUAUUAUUUUAAAUUAAUACAAAUUUGCUGCUGGAUAGUUAUUAUUUUUCAACCUUUAGUAUGAUUUAAUACUGUUUUUAUUCAAAGAAAAUGAUGUUAUGAUAAAAUUUUAAAAUGUUAAAAAAGAACAGCUACUUUGUAGGUCUACACCCAUGUAAUCAAAACCUGUUUCUUGUCCCCUACAGCUAUUGAGCAGGGUGGUGGCGAUGUGCUCAGCUGCCUGUCAAAGGUGAGAAUGGCACCUUGUCAAAAUGAGAUGGCAGACUACUUCUUUUACAUGGGAGUUGUAAAGAAGUUUGCCCCACCCUCUGAACAGCUGUCAAGAACAACAAUGGAGACUCUACUCUGCAGGUAUUUGAUUAGUCACAAUCUCUGAGUGUAAUUCUAGGAAGACAUUGAACUAUUUUCAAAAGUAUUCAAUAAUUCUCUAAGUCAAAUUCAUAUUUUACUCAUUAAACUCAUUUGCCAGAUAAUUAUCUGUUAUAUGUGGACACCAAGUAUUUAAGAAAAAAAUAGUUUUAAAAUCAAUAUAAACCUUAACUGCUAAGUUAAUAAGACCAUGUCGAGGUGUUUAAUUUAAUAUUAUAAUCACUUCAUGUUCAACUUUUUUUUUUCAACAGUGUGACAUUCCAAAGGCGCCAGUGUGAAGUGAAGGCUUUGAGACAAUGCAGUGCCAGUUUGGCUGAUGUGAUGGAGCAGUUUUACCGCCAGACCCAGCCAGACGCAUGUGCCGCCCUGGACAAGGAAAACGAAUUGAAUCAAGAAAAUAAUGUUCAACAGUGAUUGAACUUGUCAAGUCUGGGGUUGUUGUUUCUUGGUGAAUUCCUUUAUGUAAGACUGAUUUGUUCAGUUUGACAUUCAGUUGAGUAGUUGCUUUUAAAUGUUAAAGAUUAGCAAACCAGCCAAAAUGAAAUAUUUGCUUCAUUUGUUUAUACGCCAAAUAAAAAAUGAUAUCGGAGAAUCAGCUAUUCAAGCAACAAUAAACAUAUAACAUUUCAUUAAAAAAUUGUUAAACCAUUUAUUUCCUACAAUUAUCUCUUUAAAAUAUUAUAUGGCAAUACAUUGACCAGUGAAUACAUUAUACAGUUAUAUAAACAACAUAAUCUCAUAAGCAUUCACAAUCUCAUCCGUUUCCACACAAUUCCUGUAGCUGAUCUUGUCUGACAUUUAGACAAGUUAAUUCAGAAUUGUUAACUAGGACUUUAAAAAUCAGCCCUGAUCCACAGACACAAAGUUUGUAGGUCAGCAGGGUAGAGUUGGUGCUCUCAGAUGUGUUUACCUUUGGCAGAUGUUUACCCAAAUAAAGGCCUUGUGUAGUUUUAAUAGUUGUAGAUGACUGAAAAAUUUUGUAACAAAAUUAUUUGAAAGAAAACUUAAUUGAAAAUUCAUAUUAUAAUUCUAAUUCAACAUUGAGUUUCUAAUUAAAACAAAAUAUUAGUUAUAAAUAUUAUAUAGUUCAAAGAAAAUAUACACUAGUUUGUGUUCCAGCGAUUAAUUAUACUCAAAACAUAAACUUUUUUAUAAUACUGAUUAUGAUUGAAAGUAACAUAAAAUAAUAUAGGGCUUUACAAAACCACCAUUUACUAGACUCAAGUGGUAACAACUAGUAAAAGAUUUAUUUGCAAGAUUUUUAAAGUUGCCCAAAUUAGAAAAAGUAAGUCUAAAUGAGAUCUCACAGUGACUAAACAUAUCAAAUAAUAUAUGCACUUUCGCACUUUUAUAACUAACAGUAACAGGAACAACCUUGGAAACUGUUGAAUUUUCAGAAUAUGCAGUUAUUUCCCCUUUUUAGAAACGUUAUUGAGCACUCAAAUUCAAAUAUCAAAUAUUAAUUGUUAGCAAGGAGACAACCUUUGAAGCAGCAUUCAUUUUGCACCCCUUUAAAAAAUUUUUAAAAUAAUUUUUUUACAUUUGUAGAUAUUUGUGAAUUUUGCAUAUGGACACUCAUUAAUUUAUUAUGGAUAGCAUAUCUCAGAUAUCUAAGUAUAUGUAUUAAAAAUUUAACAAAUUUGAUGGAGGUAGGAAUUUCAAGAGGAAUUAUUAAUGUUAAUUUUGUUGAAAUGAUCGUUUCUUUUUACUUGCAAAUUAUUUCUAAUGUACUCUGUUUAAAGCAUUAAUUUUUUCCUGUCAAUUUUUUCAGUUUAUUAUUGAUAGAAAUUAAUAAUUUAGUGAGGUGUUGUGAAAUAAGGUGCUGACUAUUCCCUCAAGCCAAAUACUAAACAGUUGUAAUCAAUACUGCAAAAAUAAUGUCAUGGGAUUUCACUUAUUGGCUUGAGCAGUGAUUGUUUUGUAGAAAAAAUGUGCUGGAACUCAAAUUUGUUUAAUUUUUUUUAAUAUAUAUAACUUGAGUUAAAUUUUGCUGAAAAUAGGUGCUGACCGUAUUCUGUGACAAAAAGAGCCCAAUAGAGUUGAGUCAUAUAAUGUCUCAGACUUAAAAAUGAAUGUUAAAUAAACAAGGAUUAAAUCUAGUUUUUAAUAAUC